CGUGUUUUCAGUCGCACAGGAAAGUUACAGAAAGGAGAACCGUGUUUGGGAGCUGUGGGUGGGUGGCAUGAAAAAGAGGCAAAAAAAAAAAAAAAAUCGCAUUUCCCUGCUGGUCUGGGUGAAUGUUUAAUCCCCCAGCGCGGAGAAAAAGCAGCUCAAAAGUGCUUUUUUUCUCAGCAAGUCUGAACCAGUCAGCCUGGUGCCUCCUCCCUCCGGCUCACACCCUUCCUCCCACCGCUCCGGAGGAAUAUCCCAGCCUGCUCCGAGGUGCAGCUGGGCACCCAGGGCAGGACGGAGCCAGGACCUAGCGGUGUCCGCGCCCACCGGGCUGGGAGGGGAGGGGAGAGGAGAGGGGCUGGGAAGUUUUGUGCCCGGGACGGCUCCCACGCUGCCGCUCGCCUGCGCGACUCCAGCGGUCGAAGUGCUCGGGAUGGGGUCCCCACACUGGAAAAGGCUCUGCCUUUUGCUCCUGGCAGGUUUAACAUCCUCUCUGCUCCUCUACACUCACUACUACACUACGGUGGAGUCGCCCACCAGCCAGAGGAUCAUAGCCAGCCUGCUGCAGCCGGAGCCGCUGGUCCUGGCCCCGUCGGGGACCCCACACCGCAGAUGGGCCCUUGGAGGCAGCUCGGAGAGUGGGAAUUCCUUCAAGCCUUCUGCAGAGCUGGAGGAGCCCAAGCCCAGCAGGCAGCAGCCCAGCACCUGCCUGCACUCAGCGAUGGCCAGAGCCAAGGCAGACCCCAAGUUUGGGGAGAUCUUCCGCUUCGACACCCCUGUGCUGAUGUGGGACCAGCACUUCACCCUGGCGACCUGGAACAGGCUGAGGACACGACAUGUCCCCUACGGCUGGCAAGGCUUGUCCCUUGCAGUGGUGGGCAGCACCCUCCGGCUCCUCAACGCCUCCGCCAACAGGCACCUCUUCGACAGGGCCGCCCUCCCCGGGGGCUGUGUCCGCUGUGCCGUGGUGGGAAACGGUGGAAUCCUCAACGGCUCGCGGCAGGGCCAGGCCAUCGACGCACACGACCUGGUCUUCAGGAUCAACGGUGCCGUGAUCAAAGGCUUCGAGGAGGAUGUGGGCACCAAGGUCUCCUUCUACGGCUUCACGGUGAACACCAUGAAGAACUCCCUCAUCGCCUACGAGGAGUACGGCUUCACCCGGAUCCCCCAGGCCAAGGACCUGAAGUACAUCUUCAUCCCCUCGGAUGUGCGGGACUACGUCAUGCUGAGAUCGGCCAUCCAGGGCAGCCCAGUGCCCGAGGGCUCGGACAAGGGGGAUGAGCCACAGAAGUAUUUUGGACCGGAGGCAUCUGCAGAGAAGUUCAAGUUGCUGCAUCCUGAUUUCCUGCAGUACCUGACAGCAAGGUUCCUGCGAUCAGAGAUCCUGAACACCCAGUACAGCUCCCUCUACAUGCCCAGCACGGGUGCCCUCAUGCUCCUCACCGCGCUCCACACCUGCGACCAGGUCAGUGCCUACGGGUUCAUCACUGCCAACUACGAGCAGUUUUCAGAUCAUUAUUACGAGGUGGAGAAGAAACCUCUGGUGUUUUAUGCCAACCAUGACAUGAUGCUGGAGGCAGCGCUGUGGAGGAGCCUGCACCGGGCCGGGAUCAUCACCCUCUACCAGCGGUGAGGCCAGGAGGUUGCCCACAGGGGCAAGUCCGAGGACUCCUGUGGCUCUUCUCUUUCCCAAGGGCCACCUUCUCUCUCCCGAGGGCUCUCCCCAGCUGGUCGGCCAGCCCGUGGAGCAGACCUGCCACACUGCAGCUGGCAGUGGUGUGAGGGUAAGGGGGAAGCUGAAGCUGGUAGAGAAAUGUUGCCUUUCCUCAGGGAUCUCCUGAAAUGUUUCAAGGCUCAGUGUGAUUGAACAUGGCCUUUGGGGCAUCAAGAAGCACCACAGCACAUGGCUGUGACCUGCCAGCCCCAUGAACGUGGCUGCGGGGCAGCAGUGGCCCCUGUGGAGACCAGGAGGGGCAGGAUGAUGCUGGAGUUGCUGGAAAACACCUCGCCAUCGUGCUCCAGCUCAAAUGCUCAUCACCGUGGUGGCACAAUGGGCAGGAUGAAUCUGUGGACUAGAGACCAGAUCGUCCAGCUGAUAAGAAGGUGGUGUGUUUGGAGAGCACCUCUCCCAGACUGCAGAAAGGCCCAGCUGCAGCCAGCUCUGUUGGUGUGUGCUGCCUUCUAGAAGGAUCUGUUUGUCUCCGUGAUCAGUGGCACAGACAGGGGUGUGGCUGCCCUCUCCUGUGACAGACACACAGCGUGCCCCGUCACUGACCCCUUCUCUAGGUCUGGUGUUUUCAGACAAGGAAGGGUUUUAAAAGCCAUCAGCUAAGAGUAGGGUCACAGCAGCUCAGCUCAGCUGGGACACCAGGAAUGUGUCCAGCCCCUGAGCAGCCCGGAGGUGACACUGGGCUGAAGCCACAUGUGUGGCACUGAGUUUGUUGGGCCUUUCUUGCACAGGGACCCAGGGUUGUGGUGCCCUUUGAGAGGCAGUCCCAUGCCAGGUGAGUCACAAGUGAUCAUCACUCUUUUUAAUUUCCUCCCUAAAGCCCCAGGGAGGUGAAGGUCCUGAACCAGCUCUGCUCAGGGAGACCCACGGGGGACACUCCUCCAGCUGGAGGGUGGAUACAGAGCAGUGUAACCCAAGACACUUCCCCACUUUGUGUAAUCACAUAAAUGUUGAAUGGUUGUUUUCUUUAA